AUGCCACGACUUCCGAUUGUGGUGGACGGCGAUUGCGAUUCACGCUUCGAUAAAGUUAAGCAAACUUUCCACAACAAUUUCACUCAACGAUGGGAGAGCGAAGGUGCAGCAUUCGCGGUGUACCUGGACGGGGAGAAAGUGGUGGAUUUGUGGGGUGGAUAUGCCGAUUCG